GAUGACGCGACCCCGCGACGUGCAUCAAUGCCUUUCUUAUCUCAUGUUCCUUCCUCACCCACGGCUUUGACAGAGGAUGCAAUUCGAAAGGUUGAGGCGAAAGAAUUUGAAUUGGAAUUGUAUCGGAGUCGAAGUAAAAUCAAACGAGGAGAUGCACAUAUGUUGUCCGUUCCGUCAACGUCGCAUAACAACAUAUUCAAUGCUCGAGUAUCUAAGGCAUCGAUUCGUAUGAGUUUAAAUACCAGAAUGCAAAAACGAUUGAAUAUUGCUUUAGAAAUCAUAAAUACUGAGCGUCAUUACGUGGAAUGUUUAUUGCUUGUGCAAAAAUUGUUCCUCGGCCCUCUUGUUGAAUCGUUAUCAACGGAAAAUCCAAUACUGACAAAAAGGUCUAUCAACGAAAUUUUUGCAAACCUACCUGAUUUGAUUAAUGUCAAUACCGAGUUGUUGAGAAGAUUGGAAGAGAGAAUUGCCGGUCCCAUAAAUGAAGACGAAGAAGACGAUGUUGAAUUUGAAUUUUGGGAUCCUGAAAGCGGAAAAUUAGGAGACAUUUUUUUGAAUAUGGCCCCAUUCUUUAAAAUGUAUUCGGUCUAUGUAAAAAAUUUCAAUUCCGCCCUCGCCGUUAUUGACGUUCAGCUGAGAGACAACCCACAGUUUUCUGAAUUUUAUAGGAAUGUAAUUAAGACGGGACAAUGCAAGGGAUUAACAUUGCAAGCCUACCUGAUUAUGCCAGUGCAGAGGAUUCCUAGAUACAGAAUGUUACUAGAGGAUCUAUUAAAGAAAACGGCGGAAACCCACUCCGAUUAUCUUAAUUUAAGAAAGGCGUAUCAAGUGAUUGAACACGUUGCCACGUUUGUCAAUGAAACUAUCCGUCAACACGAGAUGUUCAUAACGAUGCUGGAGAUUCAGAAAUCUUUAAUAGGGUUUGACGAAGCGUUGUUGAUUCCUGGAAGGCGAUUUAUCAAAAGAGGAACAGUUAAGAAGAUAUGCCGUAGAAAUCAUCAACAGCGUGAAUUCUUUUUAUUUUCGGAUGUAUUAAUUUAUGCAAGUCCGACAUUGAUAGACAAUAUGUAUACAUUUCAUCGUAAGCUUGAUCUAGAGGACGUAAUGGUGCUAGGCGCAGAUGACAUUGAUGAUGAGAAAAAUGCGUUUCAAAUUCUUAGUCCUCGAAAAAGUUUCAUAGUCUAUGCAGAUACGCCCAAGGAUAAAGAUUCUUGGAUUAGUGUAAUCCGUGAGACAAAGGAUGAAUAUUUAAGUGCCAAAAGGACUCUAAAGAUUGAUGGCAGUUCAUGGUUGGAAAGGAAGGAUUCACAUAAGAAAAGAGUCGUUGAGAGUUACCAUGCACCUCUUUGGGUCCCUGAUUCUAAGGCUGAUAGGUGCAUGAAUUGUUCUGAAGAGUUUACCAUCUUCCGAAGAAAGCAUCAUUGUCGCGCGUGCGGUAAGAACUUUGUAAUACCGGGUUCGAACGAGAAUGAAGAUCAAAUGGCUCGUGCAUGUGAUCCUUGUUUCUUUACCAUGUUUCCUGAUGCCCUUCAGGACGAAGAUCUAGCCCCUGGAAUUCUUGUCUGGAAGCAAGCCGGUGGUCAUUCCAGAAAUAGCUCGGAGACUAAAAGUAAUAAAUGUAGUGCAUCGAACGCGGUAUUGCCUCACUUCAAAUCGAUCCACGAAGCGAUCGUAGCGAAACGUUGCGAAUUGUGUUUAAUAGAUUUUAACAUUUUUCGAUGGCGCGUGA